GUAAUGAAAAGACGAAGUCAAGUACAGUUGGCCAUUCGGUAUUGUCAAGUUCGGACAGUGAAAAUGGAUCUUCUCAUGCUAGAAGACAUCAAGAUGGUUGUGAAGACCUUUUUACAGAAAGAUUUUCCCAAUUGCAUACUUCCAUAUUGGAAAGUUCUGAUGAGAGGGUCAGUGUAUUUACACAACAAAAUAUGAAGAUAAAUAAUCCUCAGAACAUAAAGCGGAAACUCACAAGUGAUGAGACUGUUGUAAACAAACCUCUAACAGCAUAUAAUAAAGUAGAUAACAGACCCGAAUCUUUGUGCCAAAAUUCUAGUGAUAAAUGUUUAGAAUCAGAAACAGAGACUGGAAAGAAACAAGGAAUGAGAUUAGAACUGUCUCAAAAUGUGGAAAAAGACGAAUCAUCCCUUCGGCAUGGCCAAACAACACCAACCCCAGACAUAAGCAUUAGUCCAACAUCUACGAGCAGUUCUACUACCCCAACAACUUCGAACCGAGAUCCUGAUUCCUACCCCUCCACUCCUCUGGAUUCAAACCCUCCCUCUCCGUUACAGAACUUGAAAAACAAGUUUUUGUUUGUUGAAAGUACACCCGAGACUGUUGCCCAGGCCCAUAAUCUAAUUUUCCCAGAGACUCCUGGAAGCAUAAGUGGCCAAAGUCCUAAUAGAUUGCCUAACAGGGGAAGCUCUUGUGGAGUCUUCUCUGUAGAUCUAAGUUUGAUGAAAUCCCUCCGUCUUUUUCCUAACAAUAAAGAGUGCACCUGUGGACAGUUGGUUAUUGCAAGCAGAGAAAGUCAGUACAAGAUUCUUCAUUUUCACAAUGGAGGGCUGGAAAAACUAGCUAGUGUCUUCGAGGAAUGGGAUUUUCUCAGUAAAUCUAAAAAG